UGGCGAGACUCGCUCAUCCAUGCUGUGCCAGACUGUCUUGUCCUUUACAGCGACGCCAUGCUUUUAGUUUUCAAGUGUCUCUUUGACCCAAACCUCCGUCCAGACUCCAGACUCUCAGCCAGACAAUAUCAUCUCCGCCAGAACGAACUGGCACGUCUGACCAAGUCUUUCGCCACCGAACCACUCACACGCAUACCAUACGUCUGUCUUCCUGGUUUGUCCACCCAAUUCAUGGCCAACACGAUCUCGUCGACCCACUCCCAACACAGGUUGUUACGUCUCUAGCGGGUGCGAACUCAUGCAUCAGCCACAUGCAUGGCCGACAAAACCUCUACUCCCAAUGAUGCCGAUCCAGGCCCCGGUUUUCCGAAUCCCAACAAUCCAAUGACACCAAUAUCAAACCAUACUCCUCCACCUUAUUGGCAACACAGCAGGGGACCGUCAUACAGCAACGAUUCCACCUCGGACCAUCUCCCCGCCAUCAUUCUUGAGGACAACACUUUGACCAAGCCCACGUCGAGUAGUGGCUUGUGGGCGAGAUCCAUAACCAUCGACGACUAUGUCAUUGUCCACGGCCGUCACUCGAUUGGAGCCUAUGUCGUUUGGAACUGCAAAGUGCAGACUCUCGACGGAGGCCCCAUGAUGAUCCGAAAGCGAUACUCGGAAUUUGAUGAACUGCGCCAAAAGCUGGUCGCCGCCUUUCCGCUCUCAACAAAGUCAUCUCUGCCCCCGUUGCCUCCAAAAAGUGCGAUAUACAAGUUCCGACCUAAAUUUCUGGAACAGAGACGCCAAGGUUUGGCUUAUUUUCUCAACUGUGUUAUGCUCAACCCCGAGUAUGCGGGAUCAAUUAUUGUCAAGGACUUUAUCUUCCCACCAGAUCUGUGAAAACAGACAACGGAUUCAUUUGAGCACACCACAUGAUGCAUGGACCAGGUUUGACGAUUUCACGCACUGAUGUACUUCCAGUGUCAUUCACUAUUAUCCCGUUUAAUUAAUUCUAAUGUCGUUGCGGACUCUAUGACUUCUGGGCA